AUUGCAACGCAUAACGCAGCCUCCAGCGUCUAGCGUUCUGCGUGCCUGCCCUUCUCAGAUAAAUAUCAAUCAUCAUUCCCACGCAUCUCAGUACCGAACAGACAAACGACCAACCCCCGCUCUCUCUCUCUCUCUGAAAAUCGUCGAAAUCGCAUUUUCUUCCUUUUCUUUGGUUAACAAUCACUUGCAGAGAGCUGGAACGUGUGCGUUAGUGAUUCGUUAGCGAGAUAGAGGCAGCGAGAAAGGGCCGCUCCAUGGCUCCUCAUAACGACAGCACGGAAGUUGUAGAGGAGCGGGCCACGACUAUGGUUGCGGACGCAGAGAAUAAACCUAUCUCAACCAUUGUCAUCAUUAUUGCUAUGCAGACUGAAGCACUUCCGCUUGUCACCAAGUUCCAGCUUUCAGAGGACCACGAUUCCUUGUUCCCUAAAGGGGUUCCUUGGGUAAGAUACUAUGGUGUUUACAAAGAUCUGAAUCUUAAUGUAAUUUGGCCAGGAAAGGAUCCAUUGUUGGGGGUUGAUAGUGUGGGCACAAUUUCUGCAUCUCUUGUAACAUAUGCUUCCAUCCAAGCAUUAAAGCCUGACCUUAUCAUAAAUGCAGGCACUGCUGGUGGUUUUAAGGCAAAAGAGACAUGCAUUGGGGAUGUAUACUUGGCUUCUGAUGUUGCUUUUCAUGAUAGAAGGAUACCUAUACCUGUUUUUGAUCAAUAUGGAAUUGGUGCACGGAAGACCUUCUCAACUCCAAAUCUUUUGAAGGAACUUAACUUGAAGAUUGGCAAGUUGUCUACUGGGGACUCUCUGGACAUGUCCCCACAGGAUGAAGCAUCAAUUAUUGCAAAUGAUGCUGCAGUUAAAGAUAUGGAGGGAGCAGCUGUGGCCUAUGUGGCAGAUCUUUUAUCUGUACCGGUUAUAUUUGUGAAAGCUGUUACAGAUAUAGUGGAUGGUGAUAAACCAACUGCAGAAGAAUUCUUACAGAAUUUGGUGGCAGUGACUACUGCCCUUGAUCAGGCAGUCACUCGAGUUUUGGAUUUCAUAAGCGGGAAGUGCGUUUCUGAACUUUGAGUUGUUUUAUCYUUUCCUGUACAUUCUGGGAGAGUUUUCUGGCUGCUAAGGUUAAAUACUUUGCUUCCUCCACAAGUGGCACUGCUGAUUAAAAGUUUCAACCCUCUGCUACGAGCAUAUGUGGUUGGUUCCACAACUUUAUUGCUUUGCAUAUCAUAUUACUUUUAUGUAUUUUAGCUUCGAAGUUGUCAACUCACUGUUAUGAUAAUUUCUUUUUUGGGGGGUUAUUCGAACUUUCUGUGUUAUAUUCCCCGAGAGUGAAAUUAGGUAAACAAAUUAUUAGUUGUGUGAAUUAUGAUAUUCUGUCAGUGCUAGCUUUGAGAUGCACCUUAAUUCACAGGGUAGCAUCGUAAUGGAAGAAAGAAUUCCAGGACCAA